AUGAAGCUCUCUUCGGGAUUUCUGGCUCUAUCUGCUCUCGGCAAUAUUGCGUUCGCCGCUCCUGUGUCUGCUCCUGAUCAGAGCCCCCAUGAUGCGGGAAUAGCCGAGGCUCAACUUGAAAAAAGAGGCAUCGUUUCGAAAUGUCAAACUGUUGCCAAAUACGUUUGGAUCGGUCAGAAGACUCUCGAGGUCACUAAUUGGUUUUACACCGAUGUUGAAGAUUAUAUCAAGGGUGUCUGUGAAAGAAAAGACGACACAUAUUGUUCUUCCAUCCUGACAGAGGUCAGAGCUGGAUUUGACCUGGCCCUAAAGCUCGUUCGGAAAGUUGAGUUUGCUACUUCUCUCGUCGGAGGGGGGACUGUUCUCAUGAACCUCAACGCUCGGGCUCUCCCCAGCGAUGCCUAUGACAUGGAAGCCCUCAAACAACUACACAACUACACCAUCGAUUCUCAUUAUAUGGUCGAGAAUCCUCGUAUUGGAGCUCGAUCAGAUGAUGCCACACCUGCUCUGGCUCAUCAAUAUCGCCUGAGCGGUGUUAGAGAGUUAAACUCUAACAUCUCCCGCAAUUAUGAUAUCUAUCACUUUGAAGAUGGUACAGCACACCUUCGCAUUCCUGGGCCCAGCAGCGGCUCUUCUCUCCAAAAACGCGUCGAUGGACCCGGAGUGAAGAUUGCAUUCAAGCAUGAGGCGAUGGGCUAUUCUGGCAGCGACUUUACGGGAGCUGCAACAAACUUUGCUUAUAGGUGGGAGACACUACACCAUGGCGGGCCAUGGUAA